UCUCCACGUAAUCAAAAAUUUAUCUAAUCUUCUCGAACUCUCUAUUACUCUUCUCCACCACCAUGCACCGUCGUCAUCAUGGGCUGCUCCGCCACCCUCCUCCCUACUCCUCCUCAUCUCCGCCGUCACUCCACCUCCGCCUUCCCUCCUACUCCCCACCUCAACCGACGUAAACUCCUCUUCCUCUCCACCACUCUCACAUUUCCCUCAACCAUCUCUACCUCCGUCGCUGCCCCACCGCCGUCACCGGACACUACUAUCACUGAACGAGUCUUCUUAGACUUAAGUAUAUGUCCUAAUUACUUCAAAAACAGGAAUCUAGGAGAUGAUCUAUCUAAUUGCGCUGAUUCUGAACCAAUUGGUCGACUUGUUUUAGGGCUUUACGGUAACCUAGUUCCGAUUACUGUUUCAAAUUUCAAAGCUAUGUGUACUGGUUCGUCUGGAUCGACUUAUAAGGGUACUUUGGUCCAGAAGAUAUUUCCGGGACAGUUUUUUAUGGCGGGGAGACAGGGGAGAAGAGAUAAAGGAGAAGUGAAACCGCCAUUGAAGUUAAUUAGGAAUGUGGAGUCAAUUGAAUCUAAAGCUUUUCUUUUGGAACAUUCUAGAGCUGGAGUUGUUUCAUUGCCUUUAGCUGAGAAUGAUGAUGAUGAUGAUCUUAAGCUGAAUCCAAAUUAUCAUAAUGUGGAGUUUUUGAUUACUACUGGACCUGGACCUUGUCCUCAGCUUGAUAGCAAAAACAUUGUUUUUGGAACUGUUCUUGAAGGUUUGGAUAUAGUGACAACCAUAGCUGCCAUUCCCACUUAUAAACCAUCCGAAAACAUUCGACAAUAUAAUGAUUUUGCUGAGCUUAUUGGAGAUGGAAGAGCAAAAACUGCCCGCGCAAUCUGGAAUAAACCACUCAAGACUGUUUAUAUCAGUGAUUGUGGAGAACUCAAAGUAGCAAAGCCUACACUUUCUCCUAGCCUACCUUGAUAUGUUCAGGUUCCUCAUUUUUAUUUCCAUAUCCACAUUGUUACCAUUACUUGUAAAGGUUUCUCUUUUCUGCAUGUUACAUUGACAGAAGAGGAUUUACAUAAUGCAGAGCUUUUAAGUUGAGAAGUCCA